CAUCGAGUUCCUUAUUGCUCUCUGGAGCUCCCUGCCCCACUCGCGCACUGCACACGCUGGGAGCUGCCGGGAACAUGGCUGGUGACUUAGCUCUGCUCGCUGUCGUGUCUCUGCUUUCUGCCCUCCAGCAAGGUCAUUUUGCUCAGCUGGUGGGAAAAUCAAGAAUGAAGCACAAGGUCUCGCCCCCGGCUGUCACUGGAGCUCCAGAAUUUGAAAGAACAUUUCGUGCACAACAAAACUGUGCAGAGUUUUACCCUGUAUUCCAGACUCUCCUCUGGAUCGCAGGAUGGUUUUGCAAUCAAGAACUAGCCUCCUUGCUGGGCCUGCUGUACAUGUACGCUCGCCACAAGUACUUCCACGGCUAUGCGGAGUCUGCAUCAAAAAGGUUAACGGGGUUUUUUUUGAGUCUGAUAGUUCUGGCUUGCUUGGCAAUCCUUGGUGCAGCUGGGAUCGUUAACAGCUUUACGGACGAAUACCUGGGCUUCAACAUUGGGAAGAAGUUACAUAAAUUGUUCUGAGUACUUUAAAACAAAAUAAAACCCCCAAGUAAAUAAAACCCACAAGCUCUCCCUGGACACCAAGAUGAUGAUAAGCUGUAUGUAAAUAAGGGAUCAGAAUUCUGCAUUAGCAUUCCACUGCAACAUUAAACGUUGUGCUUUUUCUGA